CUAGUUUAGCCCUCCCGCCGCUAGGUGCGCUCGUAUCGUUUUCCGGUUAAAAUGGCUCUCGCCUCUAUAUGCCGACAAGCUCGCUCUCUUUCUGUCUAUCAGAACAAAUUCGCUACUCGUACGACGCGUCAGUCUUCGAUUGUUCUUGAUUCAGUUCGCGAAUUUUCAAAGAAAAUGGGUCUGCCACGAGUUUUCUUCGACAUGACCGCCGACGGCGAGCCGGUUGGAAGAAUCGUUAUGGAGCUUCGUAACGAUGUGACCCCCAAGACCUGUGAGAACUUCCGCGCCCUCUGCACUGGCGAAAAGGGCUUCGGCUACAAAGGCUCCUCAUUCCACCGAGUCAUCCCCAACUUCAUGUGCCAAGGGGGCGACUUCACAAACCACAACGGCACCGGCGGAAAGUCCAUCUACGGAAACAAAUUCCCCGAUGAGAACUUCACCUUGAAACACACCGGCCCAGGCAUCAUGUCCAUGGCCAACGCAGGCCCCAACACCAACGGAUCCCAGUUCUUCAUCACGACUGUCAAGACCACCUGGCUGGACAACCGUCACGUUGUCUUUGGAUCGGUUGUAGAAGGCAUGGAUGUCGUGAAGAAGCUGGAGAGCUAUGGAUCCCAAUCGGGAAAGACUAAUAAGAAGAUCGUCAUAAAUGACUGCGGAGAAUUGCCAUCAUAAAUAUGUCAUUUAUUUGUAAUCUGUACAUUUUUUUGUUCAUUCAAGACUACCUAUCCAUUUUAAUGUAAUAUAGAAAUAAAACGCUUUAAUAUUCCAUUGUCGGGAAUGUUUUGAGUUAACAGGUUAAACAAAGUUUUUAUUUGUAUGUCAUGUUUGAAUUUUUGUAAUUCAAAAGAAAUAUAUACUUUCUAAGUAGCAGCUUUUUUUAAUGUGCAAACCUACCACGUCCUUAUCCU